GCUUCAGCCCCCGGGAGGAAGGUGCGUCGACAAGGAGGAGGAGCAGACGUUCAUAUACAUGUAUACGUUUUACAGCGUGGAAGGCUGUAAUGAAAGUAUCGUUACCAGCAGCUGGAGGCUGGCGGGCUGCCGGGUUUAGGGAACAGGGGGAGCGCGGAGAGGAACUGAGACAGACUCCGCCAGAGAAAGAGGUGAUCGGACCGUUCUAAUAAGAACAAUACUGAUACUGAUACUACUACUCAUAAUAGAAGAAAAAGACAGGAGGAAAAAAGGGGAUCUCUGCCGCGUCAAGCUCUUCGGGCGGAUAUCGGAGAGGCUGUCGAGCAGAAGCGCCGCGGAUCCUGAUUGGAGUUGAGCGGCUGCGCCGCGUUCGCUCCCAAACCAGGAAAUCGGCGAGGUGUGCAGCUCGCCCGCUCUUCCUGCGGCGUGCCGUCCGCCCCGAGCGGAUAUAUCGAUGUGCACACAGACGUGUGUCUUGAUGGGGUGUUCUUCGGCUUCGUUUUUUUAACCCUGCGACCGUAGAUUUGGAUACCAAAGAGAGAGAGAGAGAGAGUGAGUGAGAGAGAGGGAGGAAACCUCAGCAGACCGACGCGCAAAAAUGAGCGAGUCCAGCAUCUGCCAGGCUCGCGCCACGGUGAUGAUCUACGAUGACGCCAACAAGAAGUGGGUGCCAGCGGGUACCGGCCCCCAGACCUUCAGCCGUGUGCAGAUCUACCACAACCCCAGUGCCAACACCUUCCGGGUGGUGGGGCGGAAGAUGCAGCCGGACCAGCAGGUGGUCAUUAACUGCCCCAUCGUGAAGGGGCUGAAGUACAACCAGGCCACCCCCAACUUCCACCAGUGGAGAGACGCCAGGCAGGUCUGGGGCCUCAACUUCGGGAGCAAGGAGGACGCUACCCUGUUUGCCAACGGGAUGAUGCACGCCCUGGAGCUGCUGGCAACUGCGCCUGACCCUGGGUUCCCACCUUCCCCCCGCACCAUGCAGAAUGGACCGUCCCCAGAGGAGCUGGAGCAGCAGAGAAGGCAGCUGCAGCUGGAGCAGCAGAGGCAGGAGCAGCUGGAGAGGGAGCGGCUGGAGAGGGAGAGACAGGCCUCCGUCCCAGCUGCCCCGCCUGCCCCUCCUCCAGCCCCAGGGGGCCCCCCUGGUCCGCCCGGGCCCCCUCCACCUCCAGGGCCCCCACCCCCACCAGGACCCCCGCCUCCCUCAGGGGUCGGCCCCCCUCCCGCCCCUCCUCUCCCCUCGGGACCGGCAGCCGGCUCGGGGGCUGGCGGGGGCGCCUCUGGCCUUGCAGCGGCGCUGGCAGGAGCCAAGCUGAAAAAGGUGGCCAAGCAGGAAGACAGCACAGGGGCAGGCUCUGGGCCCAAAGCUGACAACGGCCGCAAUAGCAUCUCCCUACCAGCAGGGGGCGGCGGCAGCAGCGGUGGUGGUGGAGGAGGAGGAGGAGGAGGCGGGCUCAUGGACGAAAUGAGUGCCAUCCUUGCCCGCAGGAGAAAAGCAGUGAACAAGAGUGAAAAGCCUGUAGUGAAGAAGGAGGAGGAUUCUGCCAAUGAUGAGUCCGAGUCUUCUGGUGCAAAGCCCUUCGGCCAGAGUGGUGAGUUAAAGUGGGACAGUGGAGGUCUGAGCUCUGUGUGUUGCUGUGCAGCCAACAGUCUGGAUCCUGGGUUCAGGACACUGGCAUUUUUGGCCCGGUCUUCACACAGUUAUAGCUAUGCAACUCCCCUAUUGAAAGAUGACGUUCUGCAGGCUCCAGACAGCUGCUGCAGUCGCUUCUGUCAAACAGUGCCUCCCAGUGGCCAGUUAGGGGCACUGCAUGCAGAGAUGCUCCUUAUGCCCCAGGGUAGCUCAGUAAACACAGGCACACCUGUGUCCGGACAGGCGUCCGUUUCGCUGCCUCUGUACAGGACAGAAUGGCACUGGGCUCUGGAUCCCAGAUGUGCUGUGUGUGAGAAGUGUGCUGAGCUGUGCUGGUGUCCAUCUGGUUGUCAAGGGUGGUGGUGGUGGGCGGGUCUGUGGUUGUUGGGUUGCCGUGGCGCUGGGUGUCUGUUGCCACAGCAGCGAUGUGUUGCCAUGGCGCUAGAUGUCUGCCGCUGCGCCUGCAGAUGUGCACGUGUGCUCGACGAGGAGAUCUCUCAGGUGACAAGUUUGCAAUGUCCUUCUCUUGUGUUGUCGCCCCCUGUCCCCUGGUCUGUGAACAGGGUGAAGUCAGCAGUCGGCACCAGCGAUGGAGGCAGCGCUGAGGACUCGGAUAUGGAGCGCAUCAAACAGGAGCUGCUGGAGGAGGUGCGGAAGGAGCUGCAGAAAGUCAAGGAGGAGAUCAUUAGCGCAUUCAUCCAGGAGCUGCAGAAGAGGGGCUCCUCGUAGUGGCUCAGCUGCACAGCAGGGACCUGCAGCACGCUGGAGGGAGCCUGGAGGAGGCCGGCACCGCCGAGCCCCAGCCGCCGAACCAGGCACCCCUCAACCCCACCCCCCUACCCCCUUCACCAAGACCAGACGGGGGGGCGCAGCCCAGAGCGGGCGGCUCUCGCCUCCCCGUACCCCGAUUCUUCACGCGCGGUUUUAGAACCACUGCUGAGCCCCGCGACGCCCUCGGCAGCCGCAGAGCCGCUUUCGCUUCAUUUUCUUAGCCGGGGGGGUGUUUUCCCAUUCAUUUCUUUACUGCGUUCCCCCCCCCUCCCCUGGGAAGGAGCCCCCUGUGCCGUGAAAGAGGGAGCGUGGGUCUCGCCUUCGUCCCCGCGCCUCCUGGCGGAGCUCGGCCGCACCCCUCGCAGCUCGCCCAGGUCGAGCCCCCUCCUGACAGAGCUCCGCGGGUUUGGACGAGGUCUGCAGGGAAUACCGGGGCGGGCUUGACGCAGGGGGACCCGAGUGGGGACGCCCUCUCCGGCACUGGACUCCCGUUCCCAGAUGGGACAGUCCUCUUCGUUCUUGAGUUCGAAGGAGAGCGGGGUGUCCGGGGCGGGUUGACCUUCAGUGCGCCUGUG